CCGCAGAUAAACACUUGGACCUCAGAUUGGAUCGAAUUUUACGCGGAGCACAGAUUGGGAUACCAGCUGAAGUUGGCUCGAGAACAGUAUGGGGAUUCAACCAUUUAUGAGAGAGGACAAAGGCUAGCAAAGAACCUGGGACCUUUAUUCAAGAAUGUUGUGAUAGAGCCAUGCUUGUUGCACGGAGACCUGUGGAGUGGGAAUAUCACAUAUGACAAGAAUGGUGAACCUGUGAUUCUUGACCCUGCAUGUUAUUAUGGACAUAGUGAAGCAGAAUUUGGAAUGUCAUGGUGCGCCGGAUUUGGAGGAGAUUUUUACAAGGCUUAUUUUCAGGUGAUGCCUGAACAACCCGGUUUUGAACAAAGGAGAGAUUUGUACAUGCUGUAUCAUUACCUAAAUCACUAUAACUUGUUUGGUUCUGGUUACCGCUCUUCUUCACUGUCCAUUAUUGAUGACUAUCUACGGAUGCUCAAUGUGUAGAUACUAGUUUUUUCAUUCUCUUCAUUUUCUUGUACAUGUAAAGCUUUGUCUUUCUCUAGCUACGACCAUUUUGAAUAUACCCCUUCCUUCUUAUAAAUGAGGUAUUCCAAAAUAGGUUGUUGUAUAAUCAGUUUGAAGCUCCUAGAAAUGUCAGUUCGUAAAGAGAGUAUAAGUUCCUUUAGGCAGGAGCUAACA